AUGGUGCUUUGUUGUGGUGUCUGCUGGAAGUCUACUGCCAUUAUAGGGAUACUCAUUAACCUCACCGAGAAAGAAUCUUGCUUGUUAGCUUCUCUAGAUCUCUAUUCUAAACAAUCUGUUAGUGAUGAUAAAUUCUAUAGGAGGAUCUAUUCUGAGCCGUUAACUUCCUGUAAGGGGAAAAUGGGUGGGUUGCCAGAAAGACCAUUGAAGCAGGGUGGGCUGGGGGUGGAGGGCUGGGUAUUUGUCUUGAGAAUUAAAAACUACGAAACACUUUUGUACACAACUGAUUUUUUAAAAAAUAAACACAUUUUUAAAGAUGUUGAAUUUUUUCCCCCCUUACUGGGAAUUCUUAAAAAUAAAUGCAUGCGUGUUUUCCCCUGA